AUGGAGUUAACACUCGUUGCUAGAGUUCGUGAUGGUUUGAUCUUGGCAACCUCAAUCGAAGGAGGUGAAGGGGGAGACACAAACUUGGUCAAAUAUUCCAAUCAAGCUAAGAUGUUAUUCAAAAAAUUACAAAAUGCUCCUCAAAUGCAAUCAGUGGAGAGUGGGCCUUAUAUGUUUCAUUAUACAAUUAAGCAAACAGUUUGUUGUUUGUGUUUGUGUGAUAGGAACUUCCCGCGAAAGCAGGCUUUCGCAUAUUUGGAUGACGUUGCGCAGGAGUUCUUAAAUCAGAAUGCAACUCGCAUCGACCAAGUGGUUAGACCUUAUCACUUCUUAGAAUUUGAUCAAUAUAUCCAACAAGCCAAGCGGAAGUAUGCUGAUCGAAGCAGAUAUGCCAUGUCCGCUGUGUCGAACGAAUUACAAGAUGUAGCUAGAAUUAUGGUUAGCAAUAUCGAAGAUGUGAUUCAUAGGGGAGAAGCCUUAAAUAUACUCGAAGCACGCGCUACUGACUUGUCGGGGUUGAGUAAGAAGUAUAGAGAAGAUGCCAAAGCUCUUAAUAGAAGAUCGACGUUCUUCAAAGUUGCAGUUUCGUUGGGAGUUUUCGGUUUCAUCUUACUCGUCGGUCGAUUUUUGAUUUUCUAA